GUUAAAACACGUAUAUGUAUAUAUAAUAUUAGAGAGAGAAUAUAUAAUUUAGGAGUUUUAGUUUUUAAAUUUGUUUUAAUUUGAUGUAAACUACUGGGUCAUUUUGGACAAUAGAAAUCAAAAUAGAUUUAAACCCAACAAAGUUUUUGAGUUGACUUUUUGUCAAAUUAGACUAAAAAAGUGGAUCAAACUCCCAUAUUUCCCAAUAUAAUAAUAAUUUUAAAAAAACUAUAAUAUUACAUUAGUAUCCUGGUCGUAUCCGUAUUCUAUUUUUUUAGAUUUUGUCGUAUUCGUAUCGUGUCUGUAUCUGUGUUUUAUAGGUUUGAAUUAAGAAUAUGGAGAUUUUGUUCUUGUGCUUUGUGAAUUUCUUUUCCUUAGAAACUGAUAUCUAGGAAGUUUGAUUGGAAACUUAUUAAAAUUUUUAAGAAGACUUUGGUGAAUAACAUUUUCUGUGGUUUUUUUCUUGUCCCAUAUCACAAGAGUAUGCAGAAGAUUGCAAAACAAUUUUCAAUAGAACGGUCAUUUUGGGAUUGUGAAAAAAGAAGAAAAACUGAAGGAAGAAGAUUGCAAAACAUUUUCAUUGAAAAUUAAAUGGUGUUUAAGAUGUUGGCAAACCUGUUGAUGUAAUUUUUCCCAUGCAGUUUUCAACUUUGAAGCAUUGUUUCUAUCUGUCUCCCAUUUCAUUUGAAACCUCUUCUUUUAGUUUUUAGGGGCUCAUGAAUCAUGAGGCAUAACAACAGGAGCAACAUGAGAGGAAAGGGAAGUAAUUAAGGACAACUGUACAAUUUGAAAUAGCUGCAGAUUCGAGAUUUCUUAUGAGUUAAUGUUUCCCGUGCAACCGAAUGGGGUUGGCAAAUCUCUUGAAUUUAAGUUUCCAUGUCAUUCAUUUAUUCUUCAUGGCCGUGGAAUAGAGACAAAUCGCUAUGCUCAAUUGAAAUGCGAUUCACUCAAGAUUGGGAUGGUGAAGCACCCAGAGGUUGCUCAGUUCCUAGGAGGAAGACUGUAUGACUGUGUCUUCAAGUACAAUGAAAUGUGA